AUGGCGCCAGUCUCCGAGAUCUCCAGUUUGCUGGAGACCCUUACAAGCGCGAUCGACGUGUUUAAGGCCGAGCUAGCCAGGCAACGGCUGCCAGAGCCUUCUCUAUUCAUGUCGGGGCCUCAUCCCAUCGAUGAUGUCUCGUACCUUCCCCCGCCUGCGAUGUACGAGGCGCGGCGGUUAGCACUGGCCUCCUUGAACAGCUUGAAGCUGCUCCUCGAGAAUCCGGUGGAGACCGCCGCGAACACGGUCAGAGAGAGCGCGGAAAUACAGGGUGUGCGCCUGUCGGCCGAGAUUGGGCUCUGUGAGAUAUUGGACAGCGCGCCUCAGCGAGACGUGGGCGAAUGCGUCGCGGUGGUCGCUGAGAAGGCCAAGAUGCAUCCUAUGAAGCUAGGAUGGUUUCGCGAGACGAAGCCGGGCUACUUUGCCAACACCCGGCGGAGCCACGCAUUGAAGAAGGACACGCCCUCCUACUGCGUGGUCAGAUACAUGUAUGACUGGCAGUACAGAACUUUCGGCAAGCUGCCAGAGGCGCUCACGCACCCCGACGAGUCUUUCCGAAUGGCCACGGAUGUUACGCACACCGCUUGGAACCUUGCUUAUGACACUGACCUGCCUUUCCUCGGGGCCGAAAGCUGGACUGCGAAGUACCCAGAUGAGGCUCGGAAGUUCGCGCUAGGGAUGGGUGGGUUGGGAGUUUGCUCCGAUAAUGCGGUCCUGCACGAUUUCCCCUGGGUUGAAUAUGUCAAGGGCAAGGACGCUGUAGUGGAUGUCGGAGGUGGACAGGGUACUCUAGCGUGCUCAUUGGCCGCGGCUCAUCCAGAGAUCAAGUGCUUCGUGGUACAGGACAUACCGGCCGUCCGAGAAUCAGCGGAAAAGUACAUAAUUUCGAAAGGUCUAUCGGAUCGCGUCACGUUCGAGUCUCAGAAUUUCUUUGAGCCCAACAGGCGCCAGGGAACAGGCAGCUAUGUCUUCGUUCUUCAGAAAGUGCUCCACGACUGGAACUCUGAAGAUAGCGCGAAAAUCCUGAGGCAGAUCAGGGAAUGCCUCCUCGACGGCAAGAGCACUUUACUUAUCAUCGACCCAUUGCUUUCACCAGCGACGCUGUCAUCGGAAGGUCCGAACGCCAAGGACUCGCUCGCCGCGCUUCAAGGGGAGGGUCAAUACCGCCCUGCGCCGCCACCUCCCUAUAUUCCAAGUGGCUUCGGCGAUAAUUGGAUGGAAGCCUAUACUACCAACGUCUUCCUUAUCGCCCUGUGCAAUGCUUUCGAGCGCACUUAUUCGAGCAUGGAAGAUAUGCUUAGUCGCGCUGGCAUGAAGAUCAAGAAAGUCAAUGCUACAAGGUAA